AUGCAUCUAGCACUAUAUUUUAUGAGCGUGGGUAGUUCGUUAAACACUUUGAGUGUGUUUACCAUUUUAAGCAAGGAAAAGAAAAAAAAGAAGAAUAGCGUUGCCAGGUUUCGAUCCUGGGACAUCAGGGUUAUGGGCCCUGCGCGCUUCCGCUGCGCCACAACGCUGCUUCUUGAAGAUUAA